ACAUAAUCCGGGGAACGCAGUGACCCUCUGCUCUUAAAUUCUCCUUCAAGGGGUUUGGGAUUAAAACCGGUCAGGACAGGAUCCGCCUCCUACAGGUUGGAGGAAAACUGUGAAGUUAAACUCACAAGAACGGAAGAAGAAGACAACAACAAGUUAACGUUUUCAACAUGGCUGCGUCUUUGAGCGGGAAUUGGUUGGGUCUCUGUCAUGGAUCCAAUUCAAGGAAACAGGACGAUUUUGUGAGAGUGAGAAAAAGUGAUCUAGAGAAGUUAACCACAGAAGUGAUGCAGCUGAGAGACUUCCUGCCCAGAGUCCUGAAGGGAGACCUGAUUGAAACGCUGCAUGAAGCCCGAACAGCUCAGACGGUAAAGGAGCAGCUUGCACAAGAGCAGCAACAGCUGCGACAAGAGUGUCUGCACCUUCAGUCGCGACUGGAUGCAGUGCAGACUGAAUGUCAGAAAGAGAGAGAGGAGAAGCUGCUGUUGCGUGAGCAGCUGUGGCAGAGCGGAGCGGAGCUGCAGCAGCAGGCAGACUUCUGCUCUGAUCUGGGAUCUGCUGCCUGCAGUUUGCUGUGGAGCUGCUCUUCCAGUGAGGACACUGUCUCACGUUGGCUGACUGAUGCGAAGCUGCAGUCCUUCCUGCAGGUAGCUGCUCAGACUUUGGAGAGCUUCGUCAGGUCUCUGGAUGAGGGUGCAAAAACUCAGACCGAGGACCACAACAAGGAGCACCAGUUUGUUCUGGCUCUGGCUGGAACAAUUACUAAUGUAGCAGCAGUAGCCUGUGGGCGGGACUUCUUAUCAUGCUUGGCUCGUGAUCUUCUGGACACUCUGAUGAAGCUGUUGGACCUGAUGACGCCCGGUGUCUUCCCCAAACUGAAAGUGUUGAUGCUGAUGGCUCUGUAUAACGUCAGCAUCAGUGUCAAAGGACUGAAGUGCAUCAGUGAGAACCCAGGACUCCUGCCUCUCAUCUGGACCCUGCUGGAAGAUGGAGACUGGGAGGUGUGUCUCCACUCUCUGCGUCUCCUGCAGUCGGUGUUGUUGGAGGAGGAGGUGCUGCUCCUAAUGGGCUCUUCUCUGCUGGAUCCAGACCUUCAGGCUCGUGUCAGCCUGCUCACCUCCAGCGAACAGCCCAGCCUGAGGCUGGCUGCCCAACACACCCUGGAGGACCUGCUAGCACUCCAACAGGGGCCACAGUCAAAACAUAUGCGCUCCAAGCCUUAAGUCAUUCGUACACCUGACUGCAUUGUGGCCAAUAAGUCUCAUAUGUUUUACCAUACAAAGCAUUCAAUUCGAAGUGAAGAUAGCGACUGUAGCUGAAAUCACCAAAUAGUUGGCUGAGGGCUGUUUUCUCUGCAGCCUCUAAUGUUCUACAAACUGAAGCGUUCUGUCAAUCUGCUUGUUUUUUACGUAACUCACAGAAAAAAGGCCAAAUGUAUUCACUUGUGACUUCAGUUUGGAUGUUUCUUGGUCAUCUUUGACUCUGUAAGGUUUUGUGACUGUUGACAUGAAUGUGUUCUGGUCCACGUAAUGAAGUAUCCAAUAUGGCUCCAGAGAAAUCACAGUUCUGUUUUCCUCUUGAUGUUGAUGUUGAGGACAUCCACUGGCUGCUGCUUUCAGACAUGGAUUUGGUGAUUUAUAUCUGAACCGCUCCACCUUUCUGGUGGUGUCCUAUGGUGUCCUUUGGUGUCCUAUCUUCUUCAGCAGUCUGAUGGAAGAAGAAACAGUGCCUCUGCUAGUAAAGCUUCUUAGGCUCACAACUCUCACGGUCGUUUCAAGGCUCUAGUGUUGCUCUUAGUCUAACAGAACAAAGUGCAUUUGUUGUUUGUCUAAACGAUAUGUUGUACAAAAAGUACAGAUAAAAGGUGACUGAGACAAAAGAGAAAAGUUUCAGAAAGAAUAUUAAUAUAUUUGUGUCUAAAUAAAACAUUUGUGAGGUCUGAAUGGUUGGACUGUGAAGUGGGGGAGCAUUUGUGUGUUCCCAGGGUAGGGGGUAUUUUCAUGGUAGGGGGUAUUUUCAUGUCACUGUAGAUCUGUGUGUUUAUCGGAUUUAAAGUUAAAAGGAACAUCCUCUGAUACCUAAACUUGAUUUUCUAUUACUGCUGCUGCUCCCAUUUGUUCUCAUGCUUUUGUGUUUUUCAGUUCUGAUCCACUUUGCGUGCAGUUUGUACAUGUGGUAUUAAAAGAGAUCUCAGAGCACCAAGUCUGUUUUCAUAGACGCCCCUCCUUCCCUUACACCAGGUGUUUAUUCUGAUUAAAUAGCGCCUGAAGACGGAAGUACCAGUGUAUU